CCUAAAACGGAUGAAAUGCAUUCAUAAAUCUCGCAACGCGAGAUAUGAUAAUCGAUUCUUUUAAGUAUUUCGAUAAUCUAAAUGCGAGAAUGACGCCAUUGGACGCCACUGCGAUCUGCCAUCUAGACCUUCUUUCUUUCACGGCGAUCCUAGAAUCUAAGCCGACAGAAUGACGAAUUCUAAAGGUUACCGGCGUGGAACGCGCGACCUGUUCUCCAGGAAGUUCCGCAAGCAUGGAACAAUCCCACUUUCUACGUAUAUGAAGGUGUACAAAGUUGGAGAUAUCGUGGAUAUCAAAGGCAAUGGUGCAGUCCAAAAGGGUAUGCCAUACAAGGUAUACCAUGGUAAGACUGGAAGAGUCUUCAAUGUUACUCCCCAUGCUCUGGGAGUGAUAGUCAACAAACGUGUCCGUGGUCGCAUAAUCGCCAAACGUAUCAAUGUGAGGAUUGAGCAUUUGACACACUCCAAGUGCCGAGAGGACUUCUUGAAGCGUGUUAAGGAAAACGAACGUCUGCGUAAGGAAGCGAAGGAAAAGAAAAUUCAGGUGCAACUCAAGAGACAACCUGCACAGCCAUCGCCUGCCCACAUUGUGUCAGGACAGGAGGCUCCAAUUCUUCUAGCACCUAUUCCAUAUGAAUUCAUUGCUUAAAAGUCUAAUAAAGCCGUUUUGACAUUA